AUGGGUUUACCGUUAGACGAAGAGUUUGCCGCUGCCAGCGCUCCCUUUCUGCAAGCAAUAACAAAUGUGCCCAAGCCUGCUACACAUGAUGUAGAAGCACGGCGACAACUUUUGGCUUCUUUUGCAACCGGAUCAGCCCCAGAGAUCCCCCCGGAGAUUGAGCACGAGAUAUUAUCCGUUGUCGCUGCAGAUGGAUAUAAGAUCCCCGUCUGGAGGUUCAAGAAGAAGACAGCUUCUACAAAUCCAGGUCCAGCAGUCCUACACAUUCAUGGUGGUGGCUUCAUAUCGCUGAGCCCCGCUAUGAACGUUCCUCAACUAUGCCACGCAACGGUAGAGACAGGAGUGCAAAUAUUUUCGGUGGACUACCGACUUGCGCCUGAACAUCCGUAUCCUACACCCCUUGAAGACUGCUGGGAUAUUCUCAAGUGGAUCACUGCAAAUGACGAACAACUGGGAGUAGACGUCCACCGGAUUGGUAUUAUGGGGGAGAGUGCAGGUGGAGGGCUAGCAGCAGGUGUCACACUGCUUGCCCGCGAUCGCGGCUUGAGCCCACCUCUAGCAAGACAAAUUCUUGGAUAUCCGAUGUUGGACGAUCGAACUAGAGCGGACAGUGACAUGCCUGCAGUGACACUGUGGAGUGAGAGCGACAAUGUUACAGGCUGGACGGCAUAUUUGGGCGAUAGAAUGGGAGGCGAUGGUGUCCCGCCUUAUGCUGCCCCUGGCAGAGCGACAGACUUUUCUGGUCUUCCGCCACUCUAUAUGGAUGUUGGCCAGUUGGAUAUGUUUGUUAGAGAAGAUAUUGAUUACAUGCGCAGAGCUGUGCAGGCGGGUAUUGAAGUCGAGUUUCAUCUCUACUCUGGACUACCACAUGGAUUCGAUGGUAUAGCGCCAGAACAUUCUAUGACCAAGGCAUUUUAUAGCAAUAGGAUUAAACAGCUUAGAAUCUUGUAA